AGAAUCAGACAUGUGGUUCAUCAACGUAUACAUUCUUGCUCUUCUGGUGUGCUUGUGUCAUGGCAGGUUAUGCCCAUCAAAUGACCCCGAAUGCCGUGAGGCUGCUCUCGAAAAUGGCUGCAGCCAGGCCUGCAGAAAGAAAUUUCCCGAAAACUUGGUGGGUGCCUGCACGAAACCCUGCAAAGACCUGGUAAAGUUAAUGAUCAGAACAUCAAAUCGGAGAAGCGGAUCAGCUAGAGGAUAUGCCCAUCAACUGACCCCAAAUGCCGUGAGGCCGUUAUCGAAAAAGCCUGCAGCCAGGUCUGCAAAAAGAAACACUUGGCGGAUGCCUGUGCGGAACCCUGCAAAGACCUAAGCUAAUGAUCAGAACAUCAAAUCGAAGAAGCGGAUCAGUUAGCGGAUAAGCGAAC